AAUAAGACAAUUCCGCUAGCGCGAGGUGGCUGGAGAGCUCAACAACUAUAUUUUGCGACAGGAAACCCUCGCGAGACCCUCUAGGUUACUCCUAAUUGCAAUUACUGAGCUUGAAUUUAUAUUACAAUAGUUUUUGCUGUUGUCGCGCCACAACCGUGGCUUUGUCGCCGCAUUUCGGCCGCCGGCUGCUGAAGUUUCCGCCGCCACUCCCCGAGCCCGGUUUCUCAUUCUAGGGCGGCUGCUGCGGCCAUGGUGAAGCCGCAGCGCCGGCCCGCGCCGAAAGGGCCGCCCGCGAAGGGCAAGCGUCUGCCGGAGGAGGACGAGCUGUUCAGCGACAGCGACGAUGACGCGUUUAAGGGCAAGAAGGAUAAAGUUGGCUUGAACAUGUCGGACGACGACGAGGGGGACGACGACAGCCUCGACGUGGAGGGCGUGUAUGACCUCGAGGAUGGCUCCGACGAUGAUGAGGACGACGGCGAGGACGAGGGCGAUGAGGAUGAGGACGACGAGGACGAUGAGGAGGCCAUCUACGCUGCCGCCAUCAAGCGCGGAGGGCGUGACGCCGAGCUCGCCAAGCACGCCAAGGCGCUGGGCCAGAAGCUGAAGCUGCAGCGGGGCCUGGAGGAGGAGGACGGCGACGAUGACGACAAGGCCGACGGCGACGACGAACGGCUGUGGGGCGCCAACAAGAAGGCGUACUACGGCGCGGAUGAGGAAGAGGCCAGCGAUGAGGAGGACGCCAAGCAGCUUGAGGCGGAAGCGCUGGCGCUGCAGCGCGAGGGCGCGGCCAAGCUGGCAGCCGCCGACUUCGGCCUGGACUCCGAAGACGACGAAGACGAGGACGAAGACGAGGAGGAGGAAGAUGAGGACGAGGAGGGCCGCGCCACGAUGGCAGCGCUCGCCAAGGGGGCGGGUGCUAAGGGUGGCAAGAAGGCGGGGCGGGGCAAGGAAGCGGGAGCUGGCGGCGUUCAGGUGGAGGCGGUGGCUCGGGACCUGAGCGCGCUGGGCGAUGAGGCGCGGCUGCAGGCGCUGCUGGCGGACGCGCCCGAGCUGCUGAGCCUGCUGCGCGACCUGCAGGACAGCCUCGGCGAGGUGCGGCACCGCGUGUCGCCGCUGUUGACGGAGCUGCGCGACGGCGGCCUGGCCACCGGCGAGGGCCUAUCGUACCUGGAGGCCAAGCACCUGCUGCUGCUCAGCUACUGCUCCCACAUCGUCUUCUACCUGCUGCUCAAGGCGGAGGGGCGGCCCGUGCGCGACCACCCCGUCAUUGCGAGGCUGGUGGAGCUGCGCGCCUAUCUCGAGAAGAUCCGCCCCAUCGACAAGCAGCUGUCGUACCAGAUCGACAAGCUGCUCAAGGCGGCGGCGGUGGCGAACACGGCAGAGGCGGCGGCGGCGGCGGGCGCGCGUGGCCGCGGCGGCGACGAGGAGGGGGCGGCGGGCCCGGGCCCGGGCUCUGCGAACCUGGACGCGGACGCGCUCAACUACGGGCCACGGCCGGACGCGCUCGUGCCCAAGCUGCACAAGGGCGUGGCGGCGGCGGCAGGCGCCGGCGGCGACGCAGGCGAGGCGGUGGGCAAGUAUGUGCCUCCCAAGCUCAACCCGGUGUCCAUGGAGCUGGACGAGAAGAGGGCGGCGGGCGGCGCCGAGAGCGCGGCCGAGCUGAACACGCAGGAGCGGCGGCGGCUCAAGGACCUUAAAUCCAAAGCGGCGCGCAGCGACACGCUGCGCGCACUGGCGGCGGAGCUGGCGGGCGCGCCCGAGGAGGAGCGCGCCGCCAUUGCGGGGCUGGACAGCGCGGCGGCGCUGCGCACGCGCGCCAAGCUGGAGGCGCGCGCGGCUGUGGAGGAGGACAUGUUCACGCGCGUGCCGCUGUCCAAGGACGAGGCCAAGCGGCUGCGGCAGCAGCGGCGCGCGGGCAUGAGCGGCGCGGGCCUGCUGGAGGACUUUGGUGAUGAGGUGGCGGACAUCGUGGACAUGACGCGGGGCAUGGGUGGCGCCGCCGGCGGCGCCUCCGACCGCGGCAACGCCCUCAACGACUUGUUUGCGCGGCAGAAGGUGUCGCAGCGCUACGGCACCGACCACCCUUCCCUCACGGCGCGGCCCAAGGGCGGGGACGAGGACUUGCCGCUGCGCGAGCCGCUGCACGAGCGCCGCGCCAAAUUCGACGCGGCGGCGGCGCGGCGGGCGGCGCGCGACGGCGCCGGCGGCUUCGGUGGGGACGAGGACGACGGCGCGGAGGAGUAUGACCUCAGCGGGGGCGCCAAGGGCGGCAAGCGCCGUGCCGGCGGCGAGGAAGACGACUUCUACGCGACAGCUAAGGCCGGCGCCGCGGCGCGCAAGAAGGCUCGCUCCGACGCGCACCGCGCGCCCGAGCUCAAGCCGCCCGCGCCCGACCCGAAGGCGGACGGCGCCCGCGGCAUCACCGACGAGAUCCAGCGCAACCGCGGCCUGACGCCGCACCGCCGGCGCGACCAAAAGAACCCGCGCAAGAAGAACAGGAUGAAGUUCGAGAAGGCCAUGGUUCGUGUCAAGGGCGCCGUGCAGCAGGUACGGCAGCCCGAGGCGACGGCAUACGGCGGUGAGGCGACCGGCAUCAAGACCAAGGUGGCCAAGAGCAGGCGGCUGUAGUCGGAGCGGCGGGGCUAGCGUGGGUGCGUGUAUGGGCGUAUGUGUGGGUGCGUGUCGGGUGUUGCGCGGUUGUGUGGGUGUGGGUGGUUGUGUGUGCAAGAGGAGCGGGGGCUGGUGGAGGAGCAGAUGCAGCAGGAGCAGGUGAGGAGUAGCAGGUGUACGAGGGGCAGGUGGAGGGCCUGCGUGUUCGCUGGAGUUCUGGAAAUGGAUACGGUGUUGAGCCACUGCCAGCUGCUGCUGCCGUAUGGUGCCGGUAUGGAUGCAGGUUUGCAUUAGGGGCAUCCAUGAGACAAUGCCAGAUGUGCUUGCGGUCUUGUAGGAGGGGCCAAUCUUAUUCAUGCAAGUACGCAGAUCCAAUUGCUUGGCAGGACAGGGCGUUUCGUGUCCCAUUGCUCUGGAACCGCCUUGUCCUGGCUUGUUGCCACUUCACAUGAAACCUUGGCAUGCGCAGAACUCUGUAACACGGGGAAAGA